CUCGCCGUUUCCCAUCCUUCGCUAGAGAGAGAGAGACAAGAGGAGAUUGCUUUCUGGAGAGCUCGCGAUGGCAGCUUCGAGCGGCAUGGAGUACUUCGAGAUCGACGUGGAGGCGUCCACGGAGCACUUCUCGAGGCCGUCCAACGCGGACGUCGUGGAGGAGGACGAGGUGGAGCUCGUAUGGGCUGCUGUCGAAAGGUUACCCUCCAUGAAGCGCCGCGACUUCGCCAUCGUCCGCCGCGACUCCGUCUCCUCCCCUCGCGGUCGCCGAGGCGGAGCCGUGGACUCUGCUCCCUUCGAGGUCGUUGACGUUCGGAAGCUCGACCGCCGCGGCCGCGAGCGCGUGCUGCAGAAAGCCCUCGCCACCAACGAUCAGGACAAUUAUAACCUCUUGGCUGGCAUCAAAGCCCGCUUUGAUCGCUUCAAACUUAACAGGGUAGGAUUGAAGGUUCCAAAAGUGGAAGUGAGGUUCCAGGGCCUGAAUGUGUCGGCAAAAGUUCACACUGGUGGAAGAGCAUUGCCUACUCUCCCCAACUAUGUCCUCAACGCUGUUGAGAUAUUUCUCACAUCCUUGGGGAUACUCCAACCAAAUAAACAUACCCUCACCAUCUUGGAUAAUGUUAGCGGCAUUGUGAAGCCAGGAAGAAUUACUCUGCUGUUGGGACCUCCUGGUUCUGGGAAAUCCACAUUACUCUUAGCACUUGCUGGUAAACUGGAUUCCAAGUUAAAGAGAAGUGGAAAUGUGACAUACAAUGGCUGUGCACUUGACAAAUUCUUUGUACAAAGAACAUCUGCAUAUAUCAGCCAGAUGGAUAAUCACAUCGGGGAGUUGACUGUUCGAGAGACUUUAGAUUUUGCUGCAAGAUGCCAGGGUGCCAGCAACAAUUGGGCAGAGUAUUUGAAAGAUCUGGUCAGGCUUGAGAAGGAAAAGAACAUCCAUCCAAGUCCAGAAAUUGAUGCAUUUAUGAAGGUUGCUUCCAUUGGAGGUGAAAAGCACAACCUGGCAACAGAUUAUGUUUUAAAAGUACUUGGUCUUGACAUGUGUGCUGAUACACUGGUUGGUAGUGAUAUGGUCAGGGGUGUCUCAGGUGGUCAGAAAAAACGAGUAACAACAGGAGAAAUGAUAGUUGGACCAAGAAAAACCCUUUUCAUGGAUGAAAUAUCUACAGGACUUGACAGCUCUACUACGUAUCAAAUUGUGAAGUGCAUGAGGAACUUUGUUCAUCAAAUGGAGGCAACCGUGCUGAUGUCUCUUCUGCAGCCUGCACCAGAGACAUUUGAUCUUUUUGAUGACCUUAUACUAUUAUCUGAAGGACAUAUUGUCUACCAAGGUCCCAGGAAACAUGUCCUUGAGUUCUUUGAAUCAAUGGGCUUUUCCUUACCGCCUCGCAAAGGAGUAGCAGACUUUCUUCAAGAGGUUACCUCUAGAAAGGAUCAAGCCCAGUAUUGGUCUGAUCGUUCAAAGCCCUAUUCAUUUCUUCCUGUUUCAAAAAUUGCUGAGGCAUUCAGGCAGUCUGAAUAUGGAAAAUUUGUAGAAUCCAGUCUCUCUUUUCCUAAUGAUGAAACAAAAUUUCUCCCAUCUGCUCUUGCCAGCACGAAGUUUGCGAUAUCAAAAAGAGACCUUCUAGGAGCAUGCUUCUCUCGGGAACUGCUUCUUAUCUCUCGACAUCGUUUCCUGUACAUUUUUAGAACAUGUCAAGUUGCAUUUGUGGGAGUCAUCACAUGCACAAUGUUUCUCCGCACAAGGAUACAUCCUGUUGAUGAGAUAAAUGGAAAUUUGUAUCUUUCCUGUUUGUUUUUUGGAUUGGUGCACAUGAUGUUCAAUGGAUUUUCUGAGCUUCCAAUCACUAUAGCCCGACUGCCAGUUUUCUAUAAGCAAAGAGACAAUUUCUUUCAUCCCGCUUGGGCUUUUUCAAUUCCUAGUUGGUUAUUACGUAUUCCUUACUCCAUUGUCGAAGCUGUUGUGUGGUCUUGUGUAGUCUACUACACAGUAGGGUUUGCGCCAAGUGUUGGGAGGUAUUCUUAUGUUCUUUUGUCUUUUUGUUCAUGUCUUUCCAUUAAUUUUGUUAGGUAAUUUUGUCAUAGUUUGUAUUUAACAAUAUAUUUUACCUUCAGGUUUUUCCGCUUCAUGUUUUUACUUUUUUCCAUACACCAAAUGGCACUGGGUCUUUUCCGGAUGAUGGCAUCUGUUGCACGUGAUGUGAUUAUUGCCAAUACAUUUGGAUCCUUUGCAAUAUUAGCUAUAUUUUUGCUGGGGGGAUUUAUCGUUCCAAAAGAUGCAAUCAAACCAUGGUGGAUUUGGGCUUUCUGGAUUUCUCCAUUAACGUACGGACAACGUGCAAUUUCAGUUAAUGAGUUCACUGCCUCUAGAUGGAAAGAGAGAUCUACUUAUGGAAUUGAUACAGUUGGGAACAAUGUUCUCCAUUUACAUGGUCUGCCCACCCAGAAGUACUGGUAUUGGCUUGGUGUUGGUGUUUUAUUAGCAUAUUCUAUUCUUUUCAACAUUUUGUGCACCCUUGCCUUUGCAUACCUUAACCCACUGGGAAGGGCACAGGUAGUGAUCCCAUCUGAUUCUGUAGAAAAGAAGGAUGAGGUUGAUUUAGGCACUAACUCUGAAAUGAGAUCUAAAGUACGAAGUAACAUGUCUGAGUCAUCUCAAACAACAACUUUGGAGGGAAGUACCCUGAAGAGAGGAAUGAUUCUUCCCUUCCAACCAUUAUCCAUGACAUUUCAUAAUGUCAAUUACUUUGUUGAUAUGCCGAAGGAAAUGAGAUUGAAGGGAGUUCCAGAAACACAGUUGCAGCUACUGUCCAAUGUGAGCGGAGUGUUUAGACCACACAUCUUGACAGCAUUGGUUGGUUCAAGUGGAGCUGGGAAGACAACACUUAUGGAUGUGCUUGCUGGGAGGAAGACUGGUGGAUAUAUAGAGGGUGAUAUAAGAAUAUCUGGGUAUGUAAAAGAACAAAGCACCUUUGCUAGAAUAUCAGGAUAUGUUGAACAAAAUGACAUACAUUCACCUCAAGUAACAGUGGAAGAAUCUCUCUGGUUUUCAUCAAGUCUUCGCCUUCCCAAAGAAAUCACCAAGGAGAAUAGACUUGCAUUUGUUGAGGAAGUGAUGGCUUUAGUAGAGCUUGAUGAUUUGCGACAUGCAUUGGUAGGCUUGCCUGGAAGUACUGGCUUAUCUACAGAACAAAGAAAACGUCUUACCAUUGCUGUGGAGCUAGUCGCAAAUCCUUCUAUUAUUUUUAUGGAUGAACCCACGUCUGGAUUAGAUGCACGUGCUGCAGCCAUUGUGAUGCGUACUGUUCGCAACACGGUUGAUACAGGAAGAACUGUUGUUUGCACUAUACACCAACCUAGCAUUGAUAUAUUUGAAGCAUUUGAUGAGCUUCUUCUUAUGAAACGUGGAGGCCGUGUCAUAUACGGAGGCUUGCUAGGUGUGAACUCACAAAGGAUGAUUGAUUACUUCCAGGAGAUUCCUGGAGUUCCUCCUAUCCCAAAUGGUUAUAAUCCAGCAACUUGGAUGGUGGAAAUUAGUACACAAGCAUGUGAAGAAAGGCUUGGUCUAGACUUUGCUGCCGUAUACAGAAACUCGAAUCAAUUCAGGGAAGUUGAAGAUUUGAUUCAUCAAUUAAGCACUCCAAUUGCUGGAACAGAGCCGCUGAAAUUCUCCUCAGAAUUUUCACAAGGCACUAUGACCCAAUUCAAAAUCUGCUAUCUGAAGCAAAAUCUUGUAUAUUGGAGAAGUCCACAAUAUAAUGCCGUGCGCUUAUUCUUCACCACGAUUUCUUCUUUGAUAUUUGGAACUGUGUUUUGGAAUGUUGGUUCAAAAAGGGAAACACCACUGGACUUGCAACUUGUAAUGGGGGCUCUUUACGCUGCUUGUCUGUUUCUUGGAGUAAAUAAUGCAUCAUCAGUGCAGCCCGUGAUUUCUAUUGAGAGGGCUGUUUUCUACAGAGAAAGAGCAUCUAGAAUGUACUCAUCAUUUCCUUAUGCAGCAGCACAGGGUAUUGUAGAGAUCCCAUACAUUUUUGCGCAAACUGUUAUAUUUGGUUGCAUCACCUAUUUCAUGAUCAAUUACGAAAGAUCAUUAGGGAAAUUCUUAUUAUACCUCUUAUUCAGUUUCCUCACCUUCACCUACUUCACAUUCUAUGGAAUGAUGGCAGUUGGUUUGACACCUUCUCAGCAGCUAGCAGCAGUUGUUUCAUCAGCGUUUUACUCUCUGUGGAAUCUUCUCUCAGGUUUUCUGGUCCCAAAACCUAAUAUCCCUGGUUGGUGGAUUUGGUUUUAUUAUAUAUGCCCUGUUGCAUGGACUCUGCGAGGCAUCAUUACAUCACAGUUAGGUGAUGUUGAAACCAGAUUAGUUGGGGCUGGUUUUGAUGGCACAAUAAAACAGUAUCUUGAGGAGUACCUGGGCUUUGAAUCUGGAAUGACAGGUGUUACUGUUUUGGUUCUUAUUGGCUUCUCCGUGCUCUUCUUCAGUGUUUACGCGAGGUCCAUCAAAGUCCUUAACUUUCAGAGACGGUGACUGCAUUAACGAGCAGCCAGAGAUACUCUCUCCAUCUCUCUCUCUCUCUCUCUCUCUCACCGGACAAUUUUGCAAUGGAUUUUUUUUCACCCCACUACUAUGCAUGAAGCCGGCAGCACUGG